AUGACUACUACAACUGGCAAUAACAUAGAAAAGACAUCAUUAGAACCGUCGACAACCUCCAUCGAAUUGGAGGAGAAUACAAACAAUAAUAAUACGGAUAAUAUUAGUAUAAGAGAAUUGGCUGCGGAACAAUAUCUCUCGACACCAACCGAUCUUCAUAAUAACAUACGUUUUGAAGACCAAUUCCAGGACUCUGUUUCUUAUCAGGGUAGUGCAUUUUCAAAUCAACCAAAUUCCAUGAUGGAAAAUGUUGACAAUGAAUCGGAGGAAGAAAAGGAAUUGAAUGAAAUUGAAGAGGAUAUGGGUCACGAAAAAGUUGACCGUGAUGAUAAUUUUGGAUUUAAAAUUGAUCAGUUUUUGAGAGUAACUUUGGGUACUUUUUAUUUUUGCAAACGUUCAAAGAAUAAUCUUGAAAAUGGUGGAGAACAAGCUACAACACAGAAGAAACCUAAAUGGUUAUACAGAUAUUAUGCACCUAUUCAUAUUGCUUAUAUUAUUUUUUGCGGAUUCCUAUUUGGUACUUUAAUUUAUGUAUUCGAGCUCAAUAACCCAAAAGCAAAUAUUCCCUAUAUUGACGCCUUGUUGAUGAGCUUUGCAAAUGUUUGUUUGGCUGGGUUUGUCACUCAACCAAUUGUUGAUAUUACAGUCCCAUCCCAAGUUAGUUUGUUUCUUGCAAUUGUUUCAGGAGGACCGCACUUUACCUUGAUUCCAAUUCUUCUCAUCAAGAUUUUUAGAGCUAGAAAGAGAAUGUUCAAGCUUAGAGAAGAAGAAGCAAAGUAUCAACCAACUAUGGUACAAUUACCACCAACUAUCCCACAAAACGAAGCAGUUAGUUUUCCAGCCCAAUCACGAAUUGUUUCAUUCUUUAGUGCUCUGAAACAAAAAUUUACUUCCAAUAAGCAAAAGGAAAGAUUUCCUCACAGUGACAUUGAAUAUUCUGCUUUAUUAUGGCUACACUCUAUAACCUUCAUUCUAGUUGUAGUAAUUAAUAGUGUUGGUUUUCUAAUUUUGGGAGGCGUUUUUGCAGGAAUGUACAAUGAGGAAAAAUACAUGCACGGCAAGAGUCCAUUCUGGCUAGGUCUUUACAUUGCUGUUAGUGCAUUUAACAAUUGCGGAUCUACACUGUUGGACGAAAAUUUAGGCAAUUUUGUGGAUGAUUGGGUAAUUUGUAUGACUGUUGGUAUUCUUAUCAUUUUAGGAAAUGUUCUUUUCCCUCUGGUGUUGAGAUAUGUUCUUGUAAUAAUUUACAAAAUGUCAUCGAAAAGAAAGGUUGUUUUCAAAUAUAUUUUAGAGAAACAUCACCACCUUUCACCAUACUUGUUUCCUGGUAUACAGACAACAAUUUAUGGUAUUAUCACCAUCUUACUGUUGGUCUUUGGUAUUGUUAUUACAUUGGCGUGUGAUUGGGGUAGUCCUAGAAUGGCAGAUAAAUCUGUAGCAACAAGAAUUUUAAUCGCCUUAUUCCAUCCAAUUAGUGCUAGAACUGGUGGUUUCAAUUCAAUUGACUUGUUUACACUUUCUUUCCCUACCCUUGCUGUUUAUAUAAUUAUGAUGUAUACAAAACCACAAAUGGCAUGUAGUUUGAGAGAGAAUGCAUACAAGAUAGUGGACAUGGUUAGACAUAUCAACGAUGAAAAAAAAACAAUCAAGUUUGCCCACAAGAAUGAAAGAAGAGUCAAAACCAAACCAUCCAGCCCACCAACAAUCAGUGUUGAAACUCCUGCCACAGAAAAUAAUGAUAACUUGGAAUCUGAAACCAGUAAUGCCAAGAACGAAGAUGUUGUAUUUGUUAAACUUCAAAAGAGAACGACAAGAGAACAAGAAGCCAUUGUAGAACUAGAAGAAGAAGAGAAGAGAGUAUACGGUUAUACUCUUUCAAGAAAUGCCUCAGUUACAUCUUUGCAUCCAAUGCUUCCUCCACCUGUUGAUGAAUCUAAUCAUGCCUCUAUUCCUCGUAUGCAAAAGUUCAAAAAGUUUGCAAAGAAAUCUGGAAAAUUAUUAGUGAAAUACUUGUCAGAUUUUUGGUUUUACUUUGCUACCAUUCUCUCCACAAGUAACAUGUGGAUGAUUAUCAUGGUAUUUAUUAUUUCUAUUGCAGAAAAUAACUCCAUGAAAGAAGAUCCAAAGAGUUUCUCUAUUUUCUUCAUCCUAUUUGAAGUUAUUUCUGCCUAUGCAAACUCUGGAUUGACUGUUGGUAAGGAUGGGUCAUCAUUGGCUUACUGUGGAUUUUGGACAACGUUUUCCAAAGUUAUCUUGUGUAUUGUUCUUGUAAUGGGACGUCACAGAGGUUUUUAUGGAACUUUAAUUGAUCUUGAACCUACUUCUUAUGAUCAGGACUUUAAGCAACAUUCAAACUUUUUGGAGAGAAGAUCCAUGCUCAGGAAAUAUAAGAAAGAAAUCAAGAAAUUAAAGAGAGUUGAAUCACGUCGUGAUUAUGGAUUAUUAAAGACUGAAACGAACAUUGAAACAAGCAGUACCGCUGGUGGACCAAUAUCUGGAAAUUAUUUCGAUCCAUAAUUUAUCAUAAACCAGCAUUUACAUAAAUUAAGAAAAUAUAUUAUU